UAGUGAUAUUAAUACUUUCAAACGUACUUGGAGCCUUACGAUUCCUACUCACACUCGUCAUCCCGUCAUCAACCACAUACCACUAGACAAUACGUAAACCUGUAAACGAUUACACACUAAAUGCCAAGAAAUGCAGAAGUCCAUAUAUGGCACGGGAAAUACCCUGUUGCAGGAAUAUGCAAAAAUAGAAAACACCGAUUGGUGGGACUUCAAGAACAAUUGUCAAAAGAGGGACAUACUACUUAUCUCCACGAUUUGAGUGACUUUUAUGAAAUCACCGAAAUAAAAGUUAAUGAAGAGGUUGUUCAUCACUGCAAAAUUACUGAUUUUCAGUUUGGUAUGCAAAAUAAUUUGUUUUUCUCAGUUUAGGAAAAUUUUCAGGAGGUGAUGGGGAGCUGGAUCCGCUAUGCAAACUAAUUGUAGAUAAAGUCAAUACUGCAUAUUAAGGCCUGUCAAGUGCCUUUCUCGAAUACAGAAGACGAAAUAAAUUGUAUUUGCAAAGUCGUAUUGCUAACUUUUGACACUGUUAAUCACUUUAAUGGUGUCUACUAAACCCUGUAAAACAUUGCUUAUUUAUUAUAUGUAUAAAAAGCUUGCCCUCACGGGUUCAUAAGGUUUUACUCAGCUCAAAAACAUUUUAUUGGAUCCCUCCGUUUUUUUUGUUUUGUAGACCGUAUUAAUAUGAUUAAAUCGUAAGGUUUAGGAUUUUUAAUUUGGCGUCUUGGUACUAAUGCAUUACAUUUAACGUAUCUAAAUGGGGUAAUUUUAAAAACUGACUUUAGAUUAUCUUUUUCUCUGUGAUCCGCGCCUGUUGUUGAUAAGUUCUGAGAUUUAUGACGAUCUCAUUUUGUAUAUGUGUGAAACACACCUACAAGUCAUCCGUGAGUGUGUGGACAGUGAAGAUCAUUGGCUCUACAACUAUUGUCAAGAUCAAUUGAAUAUGUUUGAGGCCUCAUCCAAAGGCUCUUAAUGUUCUCCACAUUCAGCGCUUAAAGUCAACAUAGGCCGUUUCGGGCUUUGAUAUUCAAAUGUGGGAGAACCUAUCGACCAAGCUAGAUAUCGAGUGACUUAGCUUGGAUGGCUCACUAGUUAUAUCUCACUUGGGAUUCCCUCUGGGUUCUCACGAGAAUAUUUGUACAUAAUCGGCCACUAAGAAGCCCACUUGAAUAUACCUGCGUGGUUUUGUGUUGCAAGUGUUUGUGUUUUUUGAUGUAUUGCCAGUCAAUCUAGGUUAAGAUUCGGUAAUGAAAGUUUUCAUAUGGAUUUUUAAAAGUAUAAAUUGGCCUACUAAUUCGAGAAACAGAAAAACACUCGAGAUAAAUCUUUCCAAGCACUCAUUAUAAUUUAUCCUCUUAUCAGUGCCACAGUAUAAUUGUCUAUUAUUCCAGAAUGCUUCCUUUUUUAAUGUAACUGUAUACUGGGUUAGUUAGUUCCUGUAUGUCUUCUUGAAUUUUUACAUUUCCUUUGAAGGGUUUUAUGAUUUUACCCUAUGGUCUGUUCGCUCUCAGUUAUACCAUUUUUCGAAACAAAAUUUGUGCGUUUUAUCACAGAAUAAAUUACGCUAUAUUUAAUUGAGUCUAUUUAGCUAAAAUCUGCAAUUGUUAUGAUUCAUCACAAUGGACUCUGCUGCAUGAUUUAAAAUGUAGUAAAUAAAGAAGUAUUAAAACUACGUGUAAAAAUGAUUUUCAUAGGUUAACUUAUAGAAAUAUAUUGAGGAUAAAUCCCAUAUCAAAGAUAUCCUACUUAUUUUAAUAUAAGUAUUCUAGAACUGGAUAUUGACUUCAACAACUUUAGAGCGUCUUAUUCUUCUCGCUUACAACAUUUAAAUUAUCCAGGAAACGAGUACAUAUCUAAAAGACUGGAAUGAUAAGGAAAUCAACAUAGCGAGUAGAAUAGAAAGCAAGUGUUUACAGAAUCUGCUUUUCGAUAUCAGUCCACAAAGAAUAUAUCUGUACUAAUAAUGCUAGGAGUAUAUAGAUAUCAAUACCAUGGUUGGAAUUGAUAGUUUCAAAUAAAUUGAGCAUUGGGUAGAAAGUUAAUAAUAAAUAUGUUUUUGUUAUAAAUCAUUUGGAUAUAACAAAAAUAUAUCUAUGAUUAAUGUUGGGAGUAUGUUUUUGUCAUCAAUUUUAUCAGAUAUUCGGCUUUAUGAGCAAUAAGUCUAUCCCUAUGGUAGGAAAUUAUUGUAAGUAUUCCACUGAUACAGGCUACUGUGAUUGCAUUUUAAAAAAUUCUCAGUACACGAGACAAAUAUUUUUCACCUUAGGAAGUCUUAUGCACAGAGAAUUACAACAAUUUUGCUUUCUUAUCUAGGAAAUGACGUCCUAAGUUUAAUUAAUGUAAAGGGGAGAUGAGGUCACUUAGCUCCAAAAUAUGUUUUCAAGUUGCACAAUUGUGCAUACACGUUACUUGUUUAAUGUAUUUCAACAAAAAGGCGGAUAAAUAUUAUGGUCGAUGGACACUGUUGAGGCGUUUCAAGCCAGGACGAAACGGCUUACCGAUAUUUUCUUAUUUUUGGUAGACACAAUUUUGCAACAGCUCUCGCCAUACUAAACUGUUCACCAUAAUCUACCCACCAAGAUUCAAACUACUUUAAUAACAUAGUUAAUGUGGAAUUUAAAUAAUCAUUUCUUAGCUGUAACAAGUCAUGUUAAGUCAAUCAAAAACAUUUGCAUUGAGCUCGUAUUUAUUGGCGCUAACCAACAUUGAUGAAGCUAUUCCUCACUAAUGACGCCGUGUAGUGUCCCACCUUUUGCUCACAAUCUUACACAACUGAGUCUUACACAUCUCCAAAGGAAACAGAUGGUUCACAAGGUUUUAGACUAAGUUUAAUGGUCACAUAAUAGUAUUGUGAGGACAGAUCUCCAUGAACAUAUGUAAGUGAACCCCAUAACUACUUAUAUUUCUGGUCAAAGAUGUAGUACAAAUAAAUCAGGUAUUCUCUUUUGAACUCAACGAAAUGAUAAUUUAGUAAAUUCUAAGUGUUUUACCUUAGCUUGGUAGCUUCAACGCGACUUAAAUAAUCUAUGGAAGCAUGUUAUUGCAGUCACAUGUUUGUCCACGUGGAGACGAACUGUUUGACUGAAUAAUGCACAAACGACUUAUUACCGUGUGCCAUCCUUUAGUUUGUUGACUAUCCAUCUCUGUUGUUCCUUCCCAAUAACUCAUUAAACUGUUUACAAAUUGUUACCGAUUGGAGGAUUUCUCUCGGAUGUUACUGAAUAAAUUUCUGGGAUAAGUGAUUUACUAAGAUUGUCAUUAAACCCUGAUUUAUCACUAUAGCUUACCUACUUAUGCUGUUGAACUCUGUCUAGUAGUUUUCUAUACGUAAUCGUACUCAACCAGUCGCUUAUCACUCAAAAGGAUCAUGUUGUCCCACUGUCUUAAUCAUAAAUUAAGUGAAUAACUAUAACUGAUUGUAUUAUGGAAGAUUUUAUUUCAGAUAAAAUGUUUUGAAAAGUGAGUUUUUCAUGUUGUCUUGAAUCUGCCUUUGUCCGUCUUUUGACCAUGAUUUGUUCAAGCUGAUAAUCCCCUCAUAUUACGUAAUGAAAUUCAUUUACUACAUGUUUACAUCGAGUUUAAUCACCCAUAUAACCUUACAACAUGUAGCUUUUAUUAUAUAAGAGGACUUGAAAGUGAGGCUAAUAUAGUAAAUGUGAAUUCCAGAUCUCAUUUUUCUCAUGCAAUCCUUACUUUGAAAUCGAUCAUUUAAUCGAUAUCCCCUUGUAGUGAACGAGAACACAAAUGGGGACAACCAAAUGUACUUGAACACAAAAUUACAUAAUCUCUUAGUAAAAUCUGAGAACGAUGUAUAAAAUACUUCAUUCUCAAAAUGUCAAUCAGUUGUUUCAGACUUGACUGUUCCUUCGUUUUCUCACUAAUAGUUCUCUUUUCUUCGAUCUCCCUAACCUGUCACCAAGUAUUUCACUUUCGAUUGAUGAUACACACUACUUAUAUCUGUGGACAUCAGUAGCACACACCACACACUGUCUUAUUCAAAUUUGAAUGAGUCAGGAAAAAAACGAGAUCCAGUCAUUUAGAUACUAAUUCUGAAUGAGUGGCAAUUACAAACAAUUUUGUCUCAUAUAGACUUAAAAAGAGAUGUGCAUUUUCACUUUUCUCCAUUAUUCUAACUGAGCGAACCACUGAAACACAGUUAAUAUAAUUUACUAAAUGGUUUGGUGUCAAAUAUUUAACCCGUUUGUAGCUGUUCUUUCUACCAUACCGAUAAAACCACGAACCAAAACUAUUAUAAGCAAAACCGGUUAAUCAGGCCUCAUUUUAUCAAAAACUGUAACUUGAACAAAAUUGUUAUUGAUUGCUUUAUUAUCAAGUGUAACUAUUCCGUGUGCAUAAAUGCAUACCAAUUUCACUGUGGGGUCUACUCACGCCUUCUCUUGUCUUUCUCUCCCAGAUUCCUACUCACACUCGUCAUCCCGUCAUCAACCACAUACCACUAGACAAUACGUAAACCUGUAAACGAUUACACACUAAAUGCCAAGAAAUGCAGAAGUCCAUAUAUGGCACGGGAAAUACCCUGUUGCAGGAAUAUGCAAAAAUAGAAAACACCGAUUGGUGGGACUUCAAGGUACUUUCAAAAUUUUAGAACAACGUUAAGUGACCUAGAACAAUUGUCAAAAGAGGGACAUACUACUUAUCUCCACGAUUUGAGUGACUUUUAUGAAAUCACCGAAAUAAAAGUUAAUGAAGAGGUUGUUCAUCACUGCAAAAUUACUGAUUUUCAGUUUGGAGGUGAUGGGGAGCUGGAUCCGCUAUGCAAACUAAUUGUAGAUAAAGUCAAUACUGCAUAUUAAGGCCUGUCAAGUGCCUUUCUCGAAUACAGAAGACGAAAUAAAUUGUAUUUGCAAAGUCGUAUUGCUAACUUUUGACACUGUUAAUCACUUUAAUGGUGUCUACUAAACCCUGUAAAACAUUGCUUAUUUAUUAUAUGUAUAAAAAGCUUGCCCUCACGGGUUCAU